UUGCAUUAAAGUUAUUUAAAUAUGCAGUUGCAAUCUGCGCUUUUGAGCAUACUCGUUUGUUCGUUUCAGCAGUACUUAGUGACUGGAUAAAAUCAAGUUUAAAACGAAACUGUGUUACCAUAAUAUCUAGUGCGAAUUCAUCCACUCUUUACGAUUCCUAUCAUUAUUUUUGGAGUUUUACUCAAACUAUCCUCUAAUUACUGUGCAUAAUUUCUUUCAGUAUGUACUGUCUCAGGGAAAGAAAGGAAGUAAACAAGGAUCUGUUUAUUUGUAUGCUCAUGAUUUGUUCGGUAAUAUUCUUGUUUUAUUUUCUUGAUAACACUUCUAUCGUACACGAUUAUGCUGAAAGUACAAGAUCUUAUAAUGAAAGUACACAUUUGUAUUUACAAAACAAGUAUUUCGGAGAAAACAGUAAACAGAAAAUAAUUGGCUGCAAGAAUAUUUUCGAAUGGGAUAUGUCGGGAGUAGAAACAGCUCGUAAUAGUGUCACUCAGGAUUUAAAAUAUUGGACACACAUCAAAUAUCAAGAACUUACUAGAAAUUGUUCAUGUUUUUUCGAAAAAAGAGGGUAUAUAACACAUUUUUUGACAACAGAAGAACAGCGGUUUCCCAUUGCUUUUAGUAUUAUAAUGUAUAAAAAUGUACAGCAAGUUGAACGACUUUUACGUGCAAUAUACAGGCCACAAAAUAUUUACUGCAUACAUGUCGACUCAAAAGCAGAUAUUGACAUAUAUAAAUCGAUUUCAGAAAUAUCGCAUUGUUUUGAAAAUGUGUUUGUUUUACGAAAAAGAAUAAAAGUUAUAUGGGGCAAGAUGUCCGUAUUAACUCCAGAAAUUUUAUGCAUGGAAGAACUUUGGAAAAGACACAAAACUUGGAAAUAUUUUAUUAAUCUUACAGGGCAGGAAUUUCCAUUGCAGACAAAUUAUGAGCUAGUGAAGAUUUUAAAGGCGUAUAAUGGUAAAAAUGACAUAAGUGUUGCUAAAAAUGAAUCCCGAAGAUGUAGUGGAAGAAGCAGAACCCCUCCCCCUUACGGUAUUCAAAUAAUGAAGGGGGCAGUUCAUAUAGCCGUUACACGGAGUUACGUUGACUAUGUUCUACAUGACCGUAGAGCUCGUGUUAUUUUAAAAUGGAUGAGUCACGCAUGUGCAGUACCAGACGAAGAAUUCUUUGCAACCCUUAACUAUAAUUCACAUUUGCAAGUACCUGGAUCUUAUAAAGGUUACACGAGAAAAUCGUAUUUAGGUCGUUUUAAAGUCUGGAAAUCCUCGAUUCAUUACUUGCGUAAUAUUACAUCUCCAUGCUAUGGAAAGUGGGUUAGAAGUAUAUGUAUCUUCAGUUUAAAGGAUCUCCGUCGACUGUCGACACGUAAAGAACUUUUUGCAAAUAAAUUUCAUCUGCAUGAAAAUCCUUUAACGUAUACGUGCAUGGAGGAAUUAAUAUUUAAUCGCACACGUGAUGAAUUUGAAGGGAAAAGGACAUUGAAUGCGAGUUGGUAUCAUCAACGCUCGAUUUCAUAAAAAGACAUGUCAAAUAGAUAAGAUAUAUUUACACAACUAUUUAUCUAAUUAAAAUAACUUAUCGGAAUGUAUUGUUCAACAAUAUUGACAUGGCACUCUUGCAUAAAUGUUACUAACUACUUGUAAAUCGAUAUCAAUGUAGAUCAGCAGUUGUUAAAUAGCUUAAAUUAACAAAUCCCUCUUAGCGCAGUGGGUAAAGUCUUUCACUUCGAGAAAAAAUAGAUGUUCUCUUGUAGGUUCGAAUCCUGGUUCAAUUUUCUUUCUUUUUCUUUAAUUUAAAAAUUGCCAUUUUUCUCUUAACUCGUGCAAAACGUUUUGAUUUUUUGUUGUAUUUUAUUUGUGUAGUAUUUUUAAGGUGUAUUAUAAACGCGCUGUCCUUUUUAUUAAUAAAAGAUAAUGUAAUGAAAUAAAUAAAAAAUAACUGUACCAAAAACACUACUUGAAAGGUAUCUAACACAAGAUGUAGUAAAACGAUUUCAAAUUAAUUUUUGCUAGUAAAUUCCAAAAUACAAUAAAACAAGUGCGUAUCUUCAUAACGUGGGGUGUUGGUUAGGUAUCGAACCAAAGACCUUCAGAUCAUUAACAGUAGUUCGGCAUGUACAGCAAUACACCACAACUCUUUGAUCUGUGAAGUUAACAAAGAUAUCGAUAUAUUCGUUAGAUACAAGUGUUUAUACAUGGACCUUUACAAAAAUUAAUGAAGUGCCAGGUCAAUAUUGUUGGACAAUAGCAAUGUUAAAUAACUAUACUUUUAAUAAUAAUAAUAAUUUUAUAUACUUCUCAAUCAUUCAUAACAAAAAAGCUGAUAAACAAAUACAGAACAGAUUGAUUGCAGUCAUAAGAUUUCUUUGUAAACUUAAUGUCUCAUUUGGUAAGUUUUAGCUAUAUAUUGGAACAUACUGAUACAGUAGUUUAAACUUUACAAACUUUAUCAGGUAUUUAUUUGUGGUAUAAGUAAAAUGUGCCUUGUUUUAAGAAAGCAAAGAUUUAAGAAAGUAGAGUUUGUUUUGUUUUGUUUUUUCAUUCAUUAAGUUUUACGUCACACGGACACAGUAUAGGUCAUAUGGUGACGUUCCAGCUGUACUAGUGGAGGAAGACGUCAGGUGCCCUUCCGUGCAAAAUUUGAGUAGUAUAAUGAGUAGAACCACUGACUUUCCGUUAGCUAUCUGGAUAACUUCCUCACAUGAAAGAAAUCAAAGUCCCUGUCGGGAUUCCAACCCACAGCGGUGAGGGGCAAGUGGUUUGAAGUCGACGGCCUUAACCACUAGGCCACGGACGCCCCUUAAGAUAGUAUAGUUACAUUACUAGUUAAUGUUACCAUUGUCCCAUUGAAGUUAAAGUAUAUUUUUAGACUUGUUUUAUUACACAACCUUAGUGUGAUGAAAUUCUGUAAACAAUGUACCUACCAUGCUUGUUAAAAUUAUUGAUACUAAAACAGAAGUAUAUUGGUCAAAUGAAAAUAAA